AUGAAUAGUUAAGAUCAAAAAUAAGAAUAGGAAGACAAAGUGAAGGAAUCGAUUCUAAUGAAAAUAAUUGGGAAUGCUUAAAGAUUAUUUGAUGAAUUUAAUAUGAAUAAAAAAUAAAAAAUGUCAGUUGUUUUGUUAAUAGGAGUAACAGGAUCUGGUAAAAGUACUAUUUUCAAUUUCUUAAGUGGAGCAGAUUUUUCAUUUAAUAAUGAUAAGGUUGAAUUAGAAAUAAAGAAUCCCUAAAAUCAUUAUUCUAAAAUGGCUACAGGCACGAAUUCUAUCACAAAAGAACCAAAUUUUUAUCAUAAUAAAUAAAAUAAUCAUUUAAUUAUUGAUUUUCCUGGAUUUUAAGACACAAAUGGAGAUUAGGAUCAAUUAUUAUUUGAACUUUUCUUUCAAAAGAUUGUUACUUCAGGUCCUUUAAAAAUUAUUUAUGUAAUAAAAAAUACUGAAAGUACUCUUCCAAAUAGAGCAACAGAUCUAUAAGAAUUUAUUAAGUAACUAUGCUAAAAAGGAAAUAUUAAGUUUGAAAAAUUAAAUUUAUUGUUAAAUUGUUAUAUGGAGAACUUAUCUGAUGAAAAAUUGCAAAAAAAAUCUAAGAGGAGUUAAAAUCUGCUAAUAUAUCAUUAUCAAUUGAUUAAAUACUUGUACUGAGAAAAGCUUUAAGUUAUGAUGGAUUACAAAAAGUUUUCAAUGAUUAAAAACGAUAAUAGAUAUGGUAAAAUAUAUAAUAAAUGCAACCUAUUACAAUUAAAUUAUAAAAACUACCUAAAAGUCAAAUAAUAAGUGAAUAUUUAAGACGUAGAAUAUUAAUAACAAUUUAAAAAUAUGGUAAUGUUUUGCAAACAUAUUUUGAUAAAUAAUUUUAAUAUUUAUCUGAUUCAUAAAUGAAGGCAGCAAUAACAUAGAUGGAAAACUUAUUAGAUCUAGUCAAUGGUCUAAGUAGCAAUUCAUCUUUUGAAUGGUAUACAAAGUAUAUUUAAAUUUGUGAACAAUUGGCAAAAAGUCUUUCAAUAUAGGAUGAUAUAAUUACACAUAGCAAUAAUUUCAGAUAGAUAUUUACUUAUUAUUAAUAAUUUUCUGAUAUAAUUUAAGGUUAUGAAGAUAUCAAAAUUUUAAAGAUAAUUGCAGAAGAUUAACUAAAGAAUAUUAAAAAUUUAAUAAAUUAAAGACUUGAAUUUUUAAAAACAAAAUUAUAGUAUAAUGUUAAAGUUACUUAAUUAGAGAAAGAUAAAUAACAAUAGGACUCAAAGAUUUAAACCUAUGAAUAAGAAAUCAAAAAUCUUUCAGCUUAAGGUUAGGAGAAUACUAAAGAAAUAAAAGAUCUUAAUGAUAGGUUAAAAAAAGCUUAAGAAUCAAAAAGCACUUUAAAUGAAUAAAUUUAAAAUUUAAUCAAUAAUUAGUAGUAGUAAAAUUAGCAGUUUUUAGCUAUUAUAAAAUAAUAACAUAGGGACGAAGUCAACGGUUUGAGGAGUAGAAUUUAUUCACUAGAAAAUAAGUCAAGUUGCCAGUUGAUAUGA